UGCUAUCAAUUUCUAAGAGAGACACACGUUGGCCCAGGAGCUGUAGGCAUCCAAGGAGUCCAGAAGCUGUAGGUCACAUAUUUGAGGGUCACUCACAAGUGUCUAGGAGUCUCUGGCGGACAGGGGUAACGGAGAAUAGAUAUUUCAGAGCAGAAAUUUAUUCAGUUUAUUUUUUUGGAAGACCAUAUUCUCCGGUCAGUUCAUACCAUUCUCCGAAGAUCCAAUCUACAGCGACGAAGGUUAUAUUUUUUUCUCGUUGAAUGAAAAAGGCUAUAAUCGUUCCUUAAUUACAAAUUAUUUAUUUAACCUGUUUAUUACCAAUUUGUUUUUGUUGCAGAUGGAUAAAAGUUGGAUGAACAAGCCAAGAAGUACGGAGGAAUAUAUAGAUGGGUUAAACAAAUUUUUGGAUUUCGCUUAUGCUUCUCCAUGUUGUCGCGAUGCACAAAUUUUAUGUCCAUGCAAGAGAUGUUGCAAUCGGUUAUGGUUGUCUCGUCCCGAUGUGUACAAUCACUUGGUAUGCUUCAGAUUCUUUCCCAAUUACACAAAUUGGGUUUUACAUGGAGAAAGUUCUUUCCAUGCGUCGCCCGCUAUGGGCACAACAAAUCAAGAUUAUGUGGAUACAACAACAAAUUAUGAGGAUUCUGACAAUGACAUCGAUGACAUGCUUGGUGAUAUGGAGAACGACAUUCAGUCCGGAAUAGAAGCAGAUGAAACAAACACGGAGGUUCGUAAAAUUUGAGGUUGGUAGAAGCACAUCAAACUCCACUAUUUCCUUGUUGUACUAGUCAUACCAAGCUUUCCUUCAUCGUCAGAUUAUUUCACGUGAAGUGUGUUGGGAAAUGGUCCAUCAAAUCGCUUGAUAUGUUGUUAGAGUUAUUGCGAGAAGUACUUCCUGCAGGAGAAACUUUACCCAAAUCUCACUAUGAAUUGAAGAAAGUUAUGUCAGAAUUGGGGCUGAGUCAGAAAACUUAUGACGCUUAUCAGAAUGACUGCAUGUUAUUUUGGAAAGAGCAUAUCAAUGCGUCCAAGUGUGUGAUAUGUAAAGCUGAUAGGUGGCAAAAUACAUCGAGUGAUCCAACUACUUCAUCGGAAUCCAAGUCUACCAAAAUCCCUUUCAAGAAGCUUCGCUACUUUCCAAUAGGGCCAAGACUUCAAAGGUUGUUCAUUACGCCAGACACAGCAAAUUUGAUGCGUUGGCAUGCUGAAAGUCGUGUAAAAGACGACAACUUGAGGCACCCAGCAGAUUCUCCAGCAUGGAAAUUUUUUGACUUUCAUCAUCCAAAUUUUGCUUCCGAUCCUCGCAACAUUCGAUUGGGUUUAGCGGCUGAUGGUUUCAACCCUUUCAGAUUAAUGAGUAUUUCACACAACACAUGGCCAGUUGUUAUGAUGGCAUAUAAUUUGCCUCCUUGGUUAAACAUGAAGGAGCCAUACAUGUUUUUAACCCUGCUGAUUCCUGGUCCAAAGUUUCCUGGAAAUGACAUCGAUGUGUAUUUGCAGCCGAUGAUUGAGGAUUUACAAGGUUUAUGGAAUGAUGGUGUAGAAACUUAUGACGCAUCUUCUAAGCAAACUUUUAAAAUGAGGACAGCACUUAUGUGGACAAUAAGUGACUUCCCAGGCUAUGCAAUGUUAUCAGGAUGGGGCACUAAAGGUUCGCUAGCAUGUCCUUCUUGUCAUAAGUAUACACAUUCCCAGUGGUUGUACCAUGGUCACAAAUAUUGCUACUUGGGCCAUCGCAGAUUUUUUCCUUCUAACCAUGUACUCAGACACCAUAAAAUAUCCUUUGACAAUCAACAAGAGUUCAGACCUGCUCCUAAACCACUGUCUGGGUCUGAGGUGUUAAAUGAGUUACAGGGUAAACAGAUCACGUUUGGCAAAGAAUGCCAUAAUGAGACUCUACCUCAUGGCUAGAAGAAAAGAAGUAUAUUCUUUGAGUUGCCAUAUUGGGAGAGUAACCUACUAAGGCACAAUCUUGAUGUGAUGCAUAUUGAGAAGAAUGUAUGUGAUAGCAUUCUCUUUACAUUAUUGAAUGUUGCUGGGAGGUCAAAAGUUGGUGUCAAAGCUCGCCAGGAUAUGCAAUUGCUAAGGAUAAGGGAGGGACUACAUCCACAGAGGCAUCCUUCUGGUAAGUUUUUCAUUCGUGAUGCAUCUUUUACGCUCACUUCUAGAAAGAAGCAAACUUUGUGUGGGGUACUGAAGAGUGUCAAAGUCCCCGAUGGCUAUGCUGCUAAUAUAGCUAAUUGUGUGAACAUGCAAAAUCGUAAAAUCUCGGGUUUGAAAAGUCAUGAUAGUCAUGUUAUAAUGCAACAACUUCUUCCUUUGGCAAUAAGAAGAGUUUUGCCUAAAGCGGUGAGCAAGCCAAUAAUCCAACUAUGCUCCUACUUCAAGGAAUUAUGUUCAAAGGUGGGUCGUGUAGGGAACUUGACUCGCUUAGAGGCACAAAUUGCUUUAACUCUAUGUCAGUUGGAAAGAAUCUUUCCCCCAGCAUUUUUCGAUAUUAUGAUCCACUUGACUGUCCAUUUGGUGUCUGAGGCCAAGUUAGGUGGUUCGGUACAAGCAAGAUGGAUGUAUCCAGUUGAGAGGUAUGUUGUUAUAGUAUGGUAUAUAUUUUAAUUCACCAGUAUAUUUUUGCUUGCUCUAUUAUGUAUAUAAUGCAUGAUAUAAGUUCGUUAAAUAACUAGCCUUUGAUUGAUGUAGGUUUUUGUCUACAUGAAAAUUGUAACACCCCAUUUUCGGGUUAGGUUGUCACAUUUUGGUAUCAAAGCCAGUCUUCCUCUGUUCCUUGGUCUCCAAGGAAUACUGGAAUAUUGGUCUCAGUUUUAAAGGUUUUUGUUUUUAAAGGAAAGGAAAAACGAGUCAAGUGUCUUCUUUUAAGAGUCUAUAGAAUCUCCAGUCUACUCUAAUCGUAUUAAGGUAAAUAACUAAAGUUCCAAUAGAAGAGGUUCCAAUCGUAAGGGAAUACCUCUAGGAUUUUGGAGGAGUUGAAGGAGUAGUACGAGGAUUCUACUACUAGGCAGCAAGGAGAGGAUCUAAUAAGCAAAAGCAAACAAAUAGGAGAACUAUGAAUAUCUGAAGAAAGAGCUACAGUUACUAGAUGUCAGUAGCUAUAAUGAUGGGAGGAUUUCAGGGUCCUUGAACCUAAGCAGUGGCGAGGAAGCAACGAGCCAAGAAACGAAGAGGUACCACGAGAAGUCCCUCAACUAGUUUUAGUGGUCAACGCUAUUACAACAUAGUGACAAGGAGCAGCGAAAAGCUUAGACUUCAAGAGAAGCUAGGGUAGUGUAAAUGAAGUAAAUGAGGAAGUAAGUAGGUUAGAGGGGGUCUGAAAGGACGUCAAGAAGUCAAUAGAUUAAGGAGGAGGGGAGGCAUGGUCAUUUACAUAUGACGAUGAAGGAACCCUAGUAGAUAAACUACGUCAUCUAGAAGAGGGUACAUGACCCUGAGGAAUUAGACCGGUAUCAAGCUUUUGAAAGGAACAAGACAAGAGUCAACAUGACCCUGGGAAGUUGGGACGAUGAAAACCCUUUAGAAGGAACAAGACAAGGUAUGAGAAGGGGUUGAGAGCCCCUGCAAAUUACCAUGAUCAAGGAGAAUCAGAAAAUCGUGAGAUUUCAAGGAAUCCAUUGGGAAAGUCUAAAGUGGGAACUAGAGGGCCAAGAGCGGGAGUCUCAGAACCAGCCGUAGGAGUAAAUCAUUCAAUCAACCGGGUAUAGACAAACAAGUACAACGUUCAUUAGAAGUUCUAAUGAAAGUUGGAGAAUUCGAGGAAGAGUCCAAACGGUCGUAAUGAAGAGAGUUUGCGAACAAUACCAAGGAAGAGCAAAAAGGGCCAGAGGGAGUUUGACGAGAUUUCAAGGAGUCCAUGGGUCAAGUCUCAGGUGACUCGAGGUCAAGAAGCUGCACAAAGAGGUACGAUGAGGGAAAGCAUUACCGAGAAGGAGGAAAAAGAGAAGUUACCUUAUCCAAGGUGCCACACUCUGAGUGGGCGCGGCAUAGUAGGAGGGCUCCAGAGGAGACAACUAGUUAAGGAUGAAACAUGCACGCUUAGUUAAGCCACUAAGAAUCCUAACUAAGAGACUAAGUUUAUGUACAAGAACGAUCAACAAAAGAGACAUGGAAUGAGUUAUGUUAAAGGUUACCAAGGGCAAGCCACCAUUGGAAGUUGUGACCUAAAGCAACAACGAGAAGAUACUCAACAGAGGUUGGUAACCAAAUAUAGUACAAGCAACAAAAGUAGAGUUGUAGUUUUGUGGUAGUAAAAGUAAAGAAGCAAGAAGAACACCAUGGGAAGUUAUAGGGAAAAAGGGGUUGGCAGCAACCUGGAGAUGUAUGCGUCAAGGAAGAUAGUUAAGACAGGCAGAAGCAGGAGUACAACAGACAACAAGAAAGCAUUAGGUUGACCACCAAGAAGAGAACAACCGAUCCAUAGGAAGUCCAUCGAGAUAUUUCAGUCAAUUUUUAAGGUGGAACUAUGGAUCUCUCCCGUGCUUUGUCGAUGUGGGAUUCGCCUAAGGGAGAAUGGAUAUUACGAGAACAUCAAAUUAAAGAAGCUAUAAGGAAGUGCCAAGUUAGGCGCCAGAAGUGAGCAAGUAAGCCAGAGGGAAUAUCAUGACUCUUGAAAUGAUUCAUAAAGUUGAUCGCAAGCUAGAGAAAGAUACAGAGGAUGCCUCUACUGCAUACAGACAGUAAAAGCAGUAGUAUGAGGUUUCUGUGUUUAGCAAGAAGUAACGAGGAGAUGACCAUUCCGUUUAUGGUUAAAGGAUAAGACGAGCUGGACAUCAAGGAAGAAAGUAAGAGAUGCCAAGUUAGGAGGUACAAGGACCUAGGUGACCUAUGAGGUCAACUACGGACGAGAUUUACGGUAAAAGAGUUUUACCAUUUGAGUGGAUAGAGGAUAAGCCACCAUAUGUAACAUUGGGGUUCGAGGGAAGCAUUAAUGUCUCGUAUACCGAAUAAUGGAGAUAUUUAUUGUUUCGACAUAUGAACAAGGUGCAGCCGAGGUAAUGCGAGGGGUUAAGAAGCCACAACAACAUCGAAGUUGCACGAAAUGGAGAGAAGGAUUUUAGGUCAUGUCGUACAAGUUAAGGAAAUAAAAAAAAAUAAAAAAGUCCGCGAAGUGAAAAGGAUUACCACAAGCGAUGCUUAGGGUAAGUACAGUGGAAAAAAUUCCGAGGGAAAAAUUUCUAUAAGUUGGGAGGAAAUGUGAUACCUCGACUUCGAUAGGUUUAACAACAAGUACUGAAUGAGCUGGACAAAUAAAUCGACUCGAAGUGUUGUCCCGUCACCCCUUAUGCCCAAGUGGGGAAUUAAAAAGGAUAAGUAGCCACCCAAAACUGGCCGAUGCUAACGAGCUUGGUGAGAAUCCCUUCUGUGGUCAAGAGGAAAUAUAAGAAGCGAGGUAAACUAUACGGGACAAGCAACGGACAUCGGACAAGCAGCGGACAUCAUCUAAGUACAUUUAGCUAGAGUAAAUUCUUGAGGCAAGGAAGUACAAAGAUGGUGUAGAAUGAGCAAUGGGUUUCAAGCAAAUUUCAGGGACGAAAUUUUUAUAAGGGUGGAGGAAAUGUAACACCCCAUUUUUGGGUUAGGGUGUCACAAAAAUCAUGUGUUGGUAACAAAGCACAACCAGAAGGUUCAAUUGCUAAAGGAUACCUUGCUAAAGAGUGUUGGGACUUUUGUUCGAGAUAUUUACAAGGAGUGGAGACACAAUUCAAUCGCCCAUCUAGAAAUGAAGGCAACCUUCAGCGUGGAGUCGAUUCUACAACCAAUGUAGUAUCCAAGAUAUUCCCAAAUGUCGGGCGUCCAUUGAAGAAAGGGCGUCUCCAAACUCUAGAUAGAGACAUGUUGGAAAAGGCACAUCAGUACGUCCUCACUAAUUGCACGGAAGUAGCCCAUCUUACUGAGUAAGUGAGGGAUGAUUAUCAUUAAUAUAAGUAUUAAUUAAGUUAUUAAAGGAUUGUCUGAUCGUGUGCUGAAUUUUUGCAGGAUGCAUCAUUCCUUGCUAAAAAGUCAAAAUCCACGUGCUACACCUCAUACCAUUCAAAGGCUUCACAAUUCAAGAUUUCAAUCAUGGUUUAAGGAGCAAGUAAGUUUAUUUUCUUUGCAUAGUUAUAGUUACUAUUUGGGACUUUUUUUUAACAUCAACUAAGCAUGGUAAAAACACACGAUGUAUGUUACUGGUUGAAUCUAGAUCCAUAGAUAUUCCUGUAGCCGAUUUAGAAGAUUUUGAACAGUUGGCCCAAAAACCUAGCAAAGUGGUGCGGUUUUCCAAGGGAUACAUUGUUAAUGGGUUUCGAUUUCACACAAAAAAGCUGGAGCAAAAGAGGAAAACACAAAAUAGCGGGGUGAUGGUAACAACAAGCACUCAGAGUUUUGCUAGUGCUCGAGAUAGAAAUCCAAUUUAUGGUGAGAUGAGUUAGUAUGGUGUCAUUCAGGAGAUAAUCGAAUUGGAUUACUCAUAUGGUAAGAAAGUUGUGGUAUUCAAGUGUGACUGGGUGUCAAAUGGCAGAGGCUUGAAGCAAGAUGAAUUGGGAUUCACUCUGGUGAAUUUUAACCGGCAAAUGGAUGACAAAGAACCAUUUAUUAUGGCUUCACAGGCUCAACAAGUGUUUUAUGUUGAUGAUCCCAUUGAGAAAAUUGGAAAGUGGUUGUCAAAACUACACCAAGAGAUUUAUGCGACAUGAGUAUAGAAGGAGACGAGGAAGAUGUUGAUACUUAUUUACAAAGUGAGGCUGUAAGUGGAGAAUUUUCGGAAGACAUUCCAAAGGAUGGAGAUGCUGAUUGGAUUAGUGCAAGCGGCGAGGGAUCUCUUAUAGAUGCUCCGCCUGAAUCAUCUGCUGGAAUCGGAAGAAGGGUAGGUUUUGAAGCACCACAAGUGGAAGAUGAUGGUGAAGUCGGGGAUGAUAAUAUGGAUGUUGAGUACUAGCUCUAUUUGGAGAAGGGUUAAAAAAGAUAAGUGGAUGUGAUUACAUGUUUAAAAAGGCUAUCCAAAACAAAUAGUUUUAACGUACUAAAUUCCCAGCAGGUUAAAAAAUAAAUAUUCAAAGCAAUAUAAUGAUUCAUUUUGUAAAUAAAGAAAUGAUUCUUUUUCAGCUGCUGUAUGUAUUGGAAGUUGGAUCUCACGAAAGAAAAAAAAAGAUUAAAGAAAUCAAAAGGAAAACCUCACCUCCUUUUUCCUUCCGCCUUCUUUGCCUCCAACUCCUCUCCAACUCGGCAAGCCACGAAAACCUCCCAAAAAUGAAUUGCGUGAAGAAUCUGUCCCGCCAAAACCCAAGUUCAGAAUCAAAAAGAAGGCAGGAUAGUCAUCGGGGAUGCUGAGCGGGUGGGUAAAUUGAAAAUUUUAAACCUAAUUGCAUAUCACGCCCGAAUCAUCCAUCCUCCUCUUUAUCUCCGCCUUCAUCCUCCCCGACGCUGUCAAGUCCGUCUUGUUCCCCUAAGGUCCCUGCGCCACAACUCACAAAAUCCCUGGUCAGUUUUCGUAUUUAUUUACACUAAGCUCUUUAGCGAACUCCCCUACCCCUGCCCUCCUUAGUCCACUGCCAUCCUUCUCGAAAUGGAAAGAGGUUGGGUGAGAUGUGUUUUUGGGUGGGUUUUGCAUGAUUAUUAACGGAUUGCUUAUUUGAGAUUACAGUUUAGGCUAAGUGAUUACCCUAUAUAAUAUUUUAAUUGUUGAAUUUUGCUUUGUGGAAUUGCCCCUGUUCUUUCGGCUUCUAGUGUACAUAUAUACUUUCGUAUUGUUGAUGUAGGGAGUUUCUGUGGGUUUUGAUGAUGUAGGGAGUUUAUGUCUGUGCAUUGUUGACUAGGCGAACUGGAACAAUUUUGACUCCUUUGGCUUUUUGAUGAUGUAGUCGUUAUAUAUUGUUGACUAGGCAUACGUGUUUAAUUUUUUGAACAUCCGAGUGCCAUUUGCAGGUGGAUAGAAAAGGAAAAAUAGAACAUUCAUUUAUUACGUUGUGAAGAUGAAUCGAAUGUUGAUGCCUCAACGAACGAUUGAGAAGAAAAAAAGGAAGAUGACCAACUAUGUGCAAGGAUAUUUGGGGCCUACCUCUAGGUCAAAAGAUUUUCGUGGCCAUGAAUGAUGAUGGACAACCAGUGGGUGAAGGUCAAAAUAAGCUAGCUAACUUCUUGGGUGUUAUAGCUAGAAAUGGUGCAUAUGUUCCUAUCCAAUAUGAUGACUAGAGGAAAGUUCCGGAUUCUUAUAAGAUAAAAAUCUGGAAGUUGAUACAGGUAGAACAUAUAUAUAUAUAUAUAUAUAUAUAUAUAUAUAUAUAUAUAUAUAUAUAUAUAUAUAUAUAUAUCUGUAACCUAUAUGUACACUACAAGCCGAGAGUUCAGCAUGAAUUGAUCUUCAUUUAUUACAACCAGGAAAAGUUCAGCAUUGAUCCUCCAGUUGAACCAUGGGUGAUGACAUCAUUUAGCAAGAAAUGGAAGGAUUUCAAGUCAGAGUUGAAAGGGAACUAGCUGGUGAAUGGUACAAAAGAUAAUAGAGUAUCUCCGGCUGACUGGGAAUGGCUGCUGAACUUUUGGAAAAGUGACAAGGCUAUGGUAUAGUUUUUGUUCAUUUGGUCAUAUCAUCUCUGGUUUGUUUUAACUAGCCUUUUUCUUUUUAAUUACGAAAGGUUUUAGGUAUUUUUAUGUUUAUUUAUAGCAUACCUGCAUGUAGUACAAGACCUUCUUACUAUAUUGAACUUGUUUUCAUCAUUACAACAUAGAGAAAAAGUAGCAAAAGAUAACCGAAGCAAGAUGACAUCGACACACACAUUGGGAUCAUCUAGUUAUGCUAACAAGAAGGAAGAAAUGAAAGAAUCCAUACCAGAUAAGUCAGAGCCAACUGAGGCUGAGCUUUAUGUUGCUGCCCAUAUACAUAGUGAUGGGACUCCAUUGACUCCAAAAGUUACAGAUGUCAUUGAGAAAAUUGCUGAUGGUACGGGAGGAGAGGACCCUCUUACACUUGUCUUAGGGGAAAAUAAGUGUCAGUAUCGGCCUAGGACAUUUGGAUUAGCACCAGCUUGGGGUGUGAGAAACUCUCGCAAGUCAAUCAUAAAGACGACAUUGGAGGUCCAAAGAAAUGCAGAUGAAAAAGUGGUGAAGGUACAAGAAGAUAUGAAACUAAUGGAAGCUAGAUAUCAAGAUGAAAUGAAUCUGAUGAAAGCAGAACAAGCCAGAACUUUCACUAUUCUUGGGAAGAUGAAUCCAAAUGCACUGUUGGAUUCAACAAAUGAUCGAAUACUUCACCUCCUGUUGCUGGAGAUGAACCGAGUCUGGAUCACACAAGACAUGUGGAUGAUGAAUGCAUUCAAUAUGAUGACUCAUCUACCCAGGAUAGUUGUCUUCAUUCAAAGUACCGCACAAAAUUCCAUUUUCCAUUAAGAAUGAUAUCUACGGCUUUGAUUCUGUUGUAGGAUGAAUACAAUUUAGGCACUGGUCCAUUCCUCCCAAUGUUACAAUCUCCACCUAGAAGAGUCGAGACUACACCAAGAAAUGUAAGCACGUAUAUACAAGAACCUGUUUUUCUCUUUGUAGACUUAGCUUCCCAUUGGCCAACAAUUUUUCUAAGUCGGAUUGGGAUGCUUUCUGUUAGUAAUCUUACUCUUUUAGUGAAAAGGAGUUCUCUCUUCGGUGACUUCGCUACGAAUAAGUGCCAUUACUUCUCACUUUUGUCUUGCCUUCCGCUUUCUCUGCUUCUUCCUUUUGCAAAUAUGGUCUGCUCUUGUUUUACUGUCUUAUUAUAGUGUUGUCUGUCUACACAUUUCUUUGCGUGGCCUCUGUUUGUCUAUGCAACUCUGCUUCUUCCUGAAGUUCACUCUUCUGUUUCUUUGCAUGGUCUAUGCUCUUGUUUUGCCAUCUUAAUAGGCUUUGCUGUCUUAUUAUGGAGUUCUCUCUUCUGUUUCUUUGCGUGAUAUAUGCUCUUGUUUUGAGUUAUUAAAUAAAUGGGUUGUUUUGUCAGUCUCAGGUCCUACCAAAUGUA